AUGCAUAUGGACUCCUCCUCCGACGAGGAGGACGACCGCCGCAACCUCGUUGACCAGAACCACCGCAAGCCUCCUUCCCCGGUCCCCGCUGCUGCCUUCCACGUCGAGAAUCUCUCCCCGCGCUUCCGCCGCUUGAAUUUCAGCCUCCAGAAGAAGUACAUUGUCGCAAUCCUCGCUAUCCUACUCGUCAUCCUCUUCUUCUCCGUCGCCGAUUUCCACAGCCUCUUCUCAAACUCUUCCUUACCAUUCGAUUCCCUCACUAAUCGAAUGAAGGAAUCCGAAUUGCGCGCCAUUAACCUCUUGCGCCAACAACAGCUAGGGCUCUUGACUGCGUGGAACACGACUCGCCGGUCCAACGCGUCGGAUCCGAACAAAUUGGAGGAUCUGAAAUCCGCGCUGUUCAAGCAGAUUUCCCUUAACCGAGAGAUUCAGCAGGUUCUGCUAAAGCCGCAUUCCACGGGGAACAUAGCUGAGCCUGAAUUCGAUUUAAACGCUACUCUGAACGGCGUCGUUUACGAUAGGUGUAGAGCGGUGGACCAGAAUUUGUCGCAGAGGAGAACCAUCCAGUGGAACCCUAGGGAUGGUAAAUUCUUACUCGCUAUAUGCGUUUCAGGGCAAAUGUCUAACCAUUUGAUUUGUUUGGAGAAACACAUGUUUUUCGCUGCUUUGCUAAAUAGGGUUUUGGUGAUUCCUAGUUCCAAGGUGGAUUUCCAGUACGACAAAGUUGUGGACAUUGAUCGCAUUAACAAGUGUGUGGGGAAGAAAGUGGUGGUUACGUUUGAUGAGUUUUCGAAUUUGAAGAAGGGUCACAUGCACAUUGACAAGUUUUUGUGUUACUUUUCUAAGCCUGAGCCUUGUUAUUUGGAUGAUGAACGGUUAAAGAAGUUGGGGGCGUUGGGUUUGACUAUGAACAAACCUGAGGCUGUGUGGGAUGAGGAUACUAGGAGUCCGAAGAAGAAGACGGUUCAGGAUGUGCUGGGGAAGUUUAGCUAUGAUGAUGAUAUUAUGGCAAUUGGGGAUGUGUUCUACGCUGAAGUGGAACGAGAAUGGGUGAUGCAACCCGGUGGGCCAAUUGCUCACCAAUGCAAGACUCUUAUUGAACCUAAUCGCUUUAUUUCACUCACUGCUCAACGCUUUAUUCAGACAUUCCUGGGAAGGAACUUCAUUGCAUUGCAUUUUCGAAGACAUGGCUUUUUGAAAUUCUGUAAUGCUAAAAAGCCAAGUUGCUUUUACCCCAUUCCUCAAGCUGCAGAUUGCAUCCUGAGGGUGGUUGAGAGGGCGGAUGCACCUAUUGUUUAUCUAUCUACGGAUGCAGCAGAAAGUGAAACUGGUCUGCUUCAGUCACUAGUCGUGCUGAAUAGCAGGCCUGUUCCUCUUGUAAUACGUCCAGCUCGAAAUUCAGCAGAAAAAUGGGAUGCUCUGUUGUACAGGCAUGGUUUGGAAGGAGAUCCACAGGUGGAAGCGAUGCUGGACAAGACUAUAUGUGCCAUGUCUAGCGUGUUCAUCGGAGCCCCUGGUUCCACUUUCACCGAAGACAUCUUGCGGUUGAGAAGGGGCUGGGGAACAGCAUCGAUAUGUGAUGAGUAUCUUUGCCAAGGUGAGGAACCAGAUAUUGUAGCGGAAAAUGAAUAA